CGCAGGGACACUAGGACACCACCAGCACCCUCUGGAGAUUCCACAGCCCUGUCACCCUUGGCCACACUCCAUGGUCCAGAACCUCUCUGCCACCCUUGGUAACAAUCUGUUCCCUCUGUGGCACUUCUGCCAUUCCCCAUGUCCCCACUGUCCUUCUACCACCCGCAGUUCCACCUUGUGUCCCUCACCCCAUCCUGCCCCUCUGUGCUUCUUAUCCCCCCUGUCCCUCCACCAUCCCCGGUGCCACUCCCAUGCACUCCUGGCAUCCCAGAGAUCCCCAUGUCUCCCUGACACCCUCAUCCCAGCCUCAGGGAUGCCUGCCCCUGCUCCCCACCCCAGCAGCCAGGGGCUGAGCCCAGUCUGAUGUCCCCCUCCAUGCCCCUGUCCCCAACCUUACUCCUCACCUGGGGGCUGGGGGGUGGUCUGCCUGUUGUCCCCCUUAUAGGGGUGACAGGGCCACAUGUCCCCACCACAGCCUUGCGCCACCCAGCCUGGCCCUGAGGACACCAUGAGGGCCAGGGGGGAAGUCCUUGCCUGCAGUGGGACACACAUGGCCCCCAGGGAGGAGGGGACUGCAGGUUGGGGGGUGCAUGGGGCUGCCCAAGGCAGGGGUGGAUGCUGGGGGUGUGAAAGGGCCAGGGAUACAGGGGUGGGGGCUGCUCCAGUUUGAGGGGUGCAAGGUGCUUGUAUGGGGUACGCAAGGGUUGCAGUGUGUCCUGGGGUGAGGGUGCUGGGGGUGCAGAGGGGAUGUUGGGGUGCUGAUACCAUCUCCCGCCAGCCAUGCUUGCCCAAGGGCCAUUUCCUUCCCAACGGCCGUGGUCCCCUGAGUCCAGCCUGGCCGUUUGGCCACAGACCCCCCCUGAGCCCCCACAGGCCUCCCAUUCCCCUGACCAGCGCCCCCCCCUGCCCCACAGCUGAGCACCCACAGCCCCCCCGGGGGGCUCUGUACCCCAAUCCUCAUCUCCAUGCCCUGUGCACCCCUGCACCCCAACCCCUCCAGCCCCUGUACCCCAAACUCCCUGAGCCCCUGUACUGACAACAUGCACCCUCAAACUCCCACAGCCCCCUCCCCACACCCUGCACCCCAAAGCACCACAGCCCUCUCUUCAUGACCUUGAACCCCCUCCCCUGGACCCUGCACCCCAAAACUCCCACAACCCCCUCCCCACACCCUGCACCCCAAAGCACCACAGCCCCCUCUACAUGGCCCUGCACCCCAAAGCACCACAGCCCUCUCUUCAUGGCCCCGAACCUCCUCCCCUGGACCCUGCACCCCAAACUCCCACAGCCCCCUCCCCACACCCUGCACCCCAAAGCACCACAGCCCUCUCUUUAAAGAUGGCCCCAAACCCCCUUCCCUGGACCCUGCACCCCAAACUCCCACAGCCCCGUCCCCACACCCCGCACCCCAAAGCGCCACAGCCUCUCUUCAUGAUCCUGAACCCCCUCCCCACACCCUGCACCCCAAACCACCACAGCCCCCUCUUCAUGGCCCUGCACCCCAAACCACCACAGCCUCUCUUCAUGGCCCUGAACCCCCAUCCCUGGACCCUGCACCCCAAACCAUCACAGCCCCCUCUUCAUGGACCCUGCAUCCCAAACCACCACAGCCCCCUCCCCACACCCUGCACCCCAAACCACCACAGCCCCCUCUUCAUGGCCCUGCACCCCAAACCACCACAGCCUCUCUUCAUGGCCCUGAACCCCCAUCCCUGGACCCUGCACCCCAAACCAUCACAGCCCCCUCUUCAUGGACCCUGCAUCCCAAACCACCACAGCCCCCUCCCCACACCCUGCACCCCAAACCACCACAGCCCCCUCUUCAUGGCCCUGCACCCCAAACCACCACAGCCUCUCUUCAUGGCCCCGAACCCCCAUCCCUGGACCCUGCAUCCCAAACCACCACAGCCCCCUCCCCACACCCUGCACCCCAAACCACCACAGCCUCUCUUCAUGCCACUGCACCUCCUGCCCUGGGCCAAGCACACCCCAGGCACUGGCUGGGCACGGUGCUGGCAGAGCUCCCCUGGGGUGUCCCCCACCAUGUCCCCAACAGUUGGUGGUUGAGGAUGUCACAAGGCUGUGGUCAGGGACAUGUGGCCCUGUCAGUGAUAUAAGGGCAGCAGUGGGCAAAGCCCCUCAAGACCCAGGUGAGGAGCGCAGACAGGGACAUGGGAGUGGGCUCAGCUGUCAGCUGCCAGGGUUGGGGGUUCCUGAGUCUGGCACUGGGGGGCUCUGGGGUGCCAGGAGUGGAGGGGGCAUGGUGGGGGACAGAAUGGCACAGGAUGCCUAAGGGUUGGAAGUGAGGAACUGGGCACAUGGUGGGCACAGGAGGGCUGGGGUCUUGGGAUGACGCUGGGGUGGCAGAGGGGACAGGGCACAGGGUAGCACUGGGGAUGGUGGAGGGACAGUGAGGAUAUGGGGGGGGUUUCUGAGGGGACAUGGGGAGGACAGGGUGAUGCUGGGGGUGGCAGAGGGCCCAUGGGGGUGUCCCCUGCAUGGCUGAGGAUGACAAAGCUCUUGGAUCUCCCAAGGGUGCUAGUGGUGUCCCCAGCGUCCCUGUGCCAUGCAGCCCUACCUGCUGCUCGCCCUGGCCCUGCUGGGCACAGUUCCUGUCAGCCGCUCUGCUCUUGCUAGCCCUGCGGUGGAGGAUGAGGAGAAUGUGACAGAGCUGGAGGUGCCUGAGGAGUACAGCGGGUGCCUGGGGGCCGGUGACAAGCAGGCACCUGAUGUCCCCAGCAUGCCAGGCACUGGCACCUGCCGCUACGUCGUCAUCCGCCACUGCCAAAGCUUUCACCAUGCACAGCGCAUCUGUGCCCGGCGCUUCCGCGGGCGCUUGGCCUCCAUCCACGAUUACCGCACCAACGCCUUCCUGCAGCACCUGGCGUGCCGACACACCAACUCCGGCCAGGUCUGGAUCGGUGCCGUCAGCCAGCCUUGUUUCCCCCACCCGAGGUGCCACUGGACCGACGGGAGCCCUUGGAACUAUAGCCAGUGGUCACCUGGACAUCCCCGGCCCGGCUGCCGCUUCUGCACCGCCCUCUGCACCAACAGUCAGUGGGGACUCUAUGGGAGGGCUCCAGGGGGGCUCCGGGGUGGUGGGGGGAGGGUGCUGAGGGGCUUGGGAUGGGGAAGUGACACUGGGGGGCUGGUAUAAGGUAUCUGGGGGGGCUAUCCCUGGAGACGGGAGGGGAUCCCAGGAGGUGAGGGUGCUGGUGGGCAAGGGGCUGAUCCCCCCUCUUCUCUCCCUAGAUGGGCGCUGGAGGAGUGUGAACUGCAACAGGCGGCUGCCCUUCAUCUGCCAGAUCUGAGCCCCCCUGGGUGUCCCCAGGCCUCCCUAACUGCUGUUCCCCCACGGGGGGCUGCACCCCCUCCUUUGGAGCUCAAUAAAGUCUUGGUAUCAGCAUCCACUUGGUGUUUGGGCAUGGCUAGGGGGCCUGGCUGGGUGUACCCAGGGUGGGCACAGAGAGGUUUUUGAGGUGCGCC